CCAACACUAAAGUCACAAUUGACGAUCGCAAGCACUAUCUUUGGCAAUCCCGAUCUUUGCACAUACUUGCUUCAACUCACUCAGGUACCUCUCCCACUUUUCCAAACCAUGGGCGGUAAGGAAAUCAGGGACCCCGUGAUCCACGGAAACCCGUUCCCCACGAGUUUCCAGAAAUGCCGUUGGAACUCUCCAAGGAAUGAAUGGGCCAUUCCAUCCAAAGAUGGUGGAAGGCAGAGCCUCACUACUCAGGGUUUCAGCAUGUACAGCCGAGUCGGGCAACUCGGGGCGCUCAGCCUCAGUUUGUGUCAUAUCCACGAUGAGGUCAUCAUUAUGUCGAACAAUGACUCGGCCAGUGUAAAUAAGAGAAUGAGUAUAAGAUGGAUAGAUAUCACGGUACCGUGGUUUUUUCCUCGGAUGAUGAUCCACAUUUCCCCAAACUGACAGGUUUACCAUGGACUGGAAUAUUCGUCGUAGUUGAUUGAUAUGGGAUAUACCGCGUUGUUGCUGAAUCGGAUAUCCGUAUUGAUCAAUCAUACACUCGUGACUCGACUGCUUCAUCACGAGAUAGUUGUUCCACAGA